AUGCCUGACUCUAGUGAGUCGUCAGAAGAAGAAGGAGGGCUGUGCAUUCUAAACACAGAUGUGGUGUUCAUCUACACCCCCGCCUGUGGGUCCGAAGUGGUUCAGUCCAUCCUCUUCAGGUUCGGCUACCAGAAGGACCUGUUCGUCACCCUGCCGGUCAGGCCGGGAAACCCGUCCAUCGGCUCGGGAGACGUCAUCCGUGAUGAGGACUUCCUUCAUCCUUCCGUCAACUUUUCCCGCCCAAACCAGCUCAACAUUCUCGCACACCGGACAAGAUACAACAAAGACACCAUGCGCAAGAUGUUCCCAGAAACUACACGGUACAUCACCAUAUUAAGACAUCCUCUUCGCAGAUUCGAGACAGACUUCUUUGCCUCGCAGAUCUACAGAUACCUCCGCGAAGGGUCGUCUUCGAGUGCGGCAUCCUUGAAAGACUAUCUAAACGACCCUAAAUACUGGGAAUCUCGCAAAUCCACGUCCUCCUGUACCCGUAACUGCAUGUCCGCUGUUCUAGGCUUCCCAUUGGACGACACCAUGAACGUGCGGGACACCCAGACGGCAAUGGACGUCAUCAAACAGUUGGAAUCAGACUUCGCGUUGGUUUUAAUUUUUGAGUACUUAGACCAGUCCUUGGUGCUACUGAAAAGACACAUGUGUUGGAAGGUCCAGGAUAUCAUAUAUGACACAAGAUUCCUUUUCCUCAGCAAGGUCCAUAACUUCGACUACCGCGCGAGACCUGAGAAUCUCGCCGACAGCUUCAGAAGGUUGAACAUGGUCGAUUAUUUACUGUACGACCAUUUCAAUAGAACGCUGUGGGCGAAGAUUGCCGAAGAGGGUCCAGAGUUUGACGAAGAGGUGGACUGUUACAGGAACAUCUUAAAGAAAGUGACGCAAUAUUGCCACACCAACACUAAUAAGACGGCCUUCUUCCGCACGCACAAGUGGCAUGAGAAGUUCAAGGUCAACAAGGACAUGUGUAAGAUGCUGCUCAGGAGAUCAAAAGAGUGGGACGGAUUCCUCAGAAGACGCUACUAUGUCUAG